AUGGCUAAAGACCAAUAUUUGGGAAAGACCAUAGUUCCCAAAAAGCAAAUGGCAAAGGCCAAGGGUUUGCCUUGGAGUACGGAUCUAUUGAGAGGGUCUCUAGAGAAGGUGGGGGUUAUUCAGUCCAAGCUUUUGGCAUCUCAGAGUCAACAGAAGAUAUAUGCAGAUCGGAAGGUCCAAGAUUUAGAGUUCGUCAUUGGUGAUCAGAUUCUGCUAAAGAUUUCACCCAUGAAGGGUGUUAUGAGAUUUGAGAAGAGAAGUAAGUUGAGUCCGAGAUAUAUUAGGCCAUUUGAGAUCCUUGAUCGUGGGGUUGAUGUUGCUUGUGAGUUGUACACUUUCGAGCUUGGUAGGUGUUCGUCAGGAUUUUUCAUGUAUCUAUCUUUGAAGAAGUAUCAUGCCGAUGGUACUUAUAUUAUUCGUUGGGACUUGGUAUUGCUUGAUGAGAAUCUGACUUACGAAGAGGAGCCUAUUGCGAUUUUGGAUAGGCGAGGUUCGAAAAGUUGA